AUGGGCCAAGACGUCUCGGUGAUCCUGGACCACGACGCCGUCGGUCGCCGGUCGCCGCCGACGGCCGUGGUCAACGAGGCGCGCUUUGCGUUCUGCGAGACGUGGGACGCGAAGAGCGUCGACCACCUCUUGACCACGUACACGGCGCAGUACCAGUCACUCCAUGGCAGCGAGCUCCACAAGCAAGACGACCGGCGCCAAGCGCUCGAAAGCGAGAUCCUCGAGCUCGAGGCCCACCUGCUGACACGCUUCCACGAAGCCGAUUGUAGCGACGACGACGGGCUCCGUGCCUCGCUCGAGAGCAAGCGCCGGCAGCUCUACGCCUGGGUUCAAAUGCCAUCGCGCGACGCAAUCGACUACGCGCUACCGCUGCACUGGUCGGUGUACAUGGCCGCGGCCAAGCACGUCGAGACCGAGGCCAAGUUUGGCGCGCUCCGCCGGAAGCGUGUGCACUGGCACAUGGCCACCUACGGGUACGAGAUGGAGAAGGAUCCGACCGCGGCCGCCGAGCUCGCGCGCAUGGAGAUGGACCGCCUCAAGUACGCUGCGCCGGCGCCCAACCACGAGAUUGACGGCCACACAGACGACAACGCGAGCGAGUCGGAGAUGGACUCGCUGGACGGCGGCGACUCGGACCUGGACGAGGACGGCGACAAGGACAAGGACAACAAGCCCAACGCUUUGACCGUCAUCGACCUGGCGCCGAGUCCAGUGCUCACAGAAGCAGCGCUCGACGCACUUCGGGUGCCACCGCCACCGUCACCGCUCUUUGAUCCAUCGUUGCGCAGUCCGAUAUUCUUUGGGUACACCAAUGCGCCCAUGCAGAGUCCUGUCGACUUGACCAAGGCCAACGAGAAGGCCCUUGCGGACCGUGAGGCCGCGUACUUUGAGCUGCGGAUCGCACGGGCCAAGAAGCGCAUCGAUGACGCGACAGCGAUCGAACGAGGGAAGCUCAAGUCCCUCCUCGAGCGGCGCGACGCCACGCUGGAGAAGCGCCAGAAAGUCCAUGCGGCGCGGGCCCGCGAGAUGAACGAAGCCAAGCAAGAGGGGCUCGAUCCGACGGCCGACUUUUUUCGAAAAAUGGCAUUGAGUGGCGACGUCUUGGCCGCCGACGAAGCCAAGGAAGACACUGUAUUUACAACCCAAGAGGCAGCGAUCCUCGGACGUAUGGCCAAGGCAAGUGCAACUGGCGAAGACGAGAUUGCUCUCCUGCAAGCACUGCAGUUUGGCCGGUCACCGCCGAUCGCUCCGCGCCGACGCAAAUUUCACGAAGCCGAGUUGGCCGAGCUCACGAAAAGCCUCGGGCAAGCCCGCAUGGACUUGGAAAAUGCCGCCAAGACGCUCGAUGAGACCAAAGCUCGGCUGGAAGCGCCAGCACCCGACAGCGGCGGGCCAUCGGUCGCGAACCCGAAUCACGCUCGGACACAGCUGCUCUUUGCGACCGACCAAGUCAUUGCGGCCGAGAAACUCAUUGCGAAUUUGGCGGCGCGCAUUUCGGAGGAAGAAUUCAUGCUGCAGCGCGCCGACGUCGUCCGGGAUCUCGAAGCGCUCUACCUUCCGAGCUUUGCGCUGCUCGAGGGUCUUCCUGCCAAUCGCGGGGACCCGAUCGUGCUGCGGAUGGAGCUGCUGGUGCUCUUCCACGCCCACGCAGCAACGCUCACGGCCAAGCUCAAGUACAUUUAUGCGUCGUACGUGGACGUCGCUUCGGGGCGGCUUCCAACCUCCGGGUUGACGCGCCUUCUUCGGUCCACUUUUGAGUUGUUCCACGCGCUGGGCGAGAUCCACCUUGAAUCGUCGUUGGACGACGGGUUCUGGGCGAAUGUGGCGGCGCGGGCGUGUCCGCCGCAAGGCAUGACGUGGCACGAUUUCAAGCGCUUUAGCAAGGACGAGAUCGCGCGAUCGCAGCUCUUGGCGCGCAUUUUCCGCGUGCCGUGGCGUCUCAGUGGGUGGAGUCGGCUCCAGACGCAGACGAUAGCGCCGCUGCACCAGUUUGAGCUUGGCGCGAUCUCGCUCUCGGACCUCAAGUUUACGCUCGCGAAGCAGCACCUUCGGCCGCGGAUGGCGCUUGUACCGCACCGCAUGGAAAUCUUGCAUAUUCGCGCGCUCGCCAUGGGCGCCAACGACCCGCUCAAGGCCGACUACAGCAAGUACCUCAAGUCGAGGAAGACCAAGGUACUCUCAAACGUCGUGCCCCUCGACCAUGGCGCGUACCGCAACCUCGUGGUCUAUCGCAACGAAGUGGCGAUCCGGGCUGCCAUUCGUCUCCAGACCUCGUGGCGCGCCAAGAAGGGCCGCCACGACGCGUACAUGGCGGCCAAGAAGCAGGCGUUCUACCACGCCAAAGGCACGGCGCUUGUGGCGGCCCGGGCCGCGGCCGAAGCCGAGUGGCACAAGCUCGAGGCGACCAAAGACAUGUCGCUCGAGAAGAUGAAAUUCGAUGCCAAAAUUCGCAUGCGGCAAGUCAAAUUACGCACGAAAGGCCUCGUGAUGGACCGGCGCCAAGUGCUUUGCGUCAUGAUUGAGGAGGCCGUGCAAGAUGCGCUGGAGGAGGUCGACCACCGAUUUCGCGAAAUGGAAGAAGAUGCGGGCUACGUUCCCGUUCGCCUUCGGUUCGAUCCGCUCAAUAUGGAGCAUUUUGCCGAGAUUUCGUCGAGCCUCAUCGACCAGCUCAAGCGUGCGCGGCUGCCGACGCUGGAAACUGCGACUUUGCUCCAGCGCAUUGCGGAAAAGGACAGAGAGGACGUGCCCGAGACAACGACGCCGAUCGAGGCGCCCGGGCCGCCGCCCACCUUUCGCAGCAGCGCGGUUGAGCCCAAGCUCUUUGUCCCGGAAGCCUCGCUCCUCUCCAAGCAGGCGCAGAUGGCGGCGCGGCACAUUGCCAUGAUGCGCGGCGUCGGCGUGUCGUUUGCCGAGUGUUCGUCAAUCGAGAAGCGGGUGUGGCUUGCGCUAGCGUCGUCGACACCCGAGCUCGACGACUGGAGCGACCGGCUUCAGUACGUCUGUGACGGCCUCACCGACUUUAAGCUCCGCGAGUUCCUGCUCGAAUUGCCGUCCAAGCGCCACGCAAUCGAGUACGUCCUCAGCUUCCGCAAGCACCUCGUUGGCAGCAACCAAAACGACGAGCUCGCUUUCGAUCGAGAGGCGCUCGUCGCCGAUCUCAUGGGCCACUUUCGCCUUCUUCGGGGCGUCGACGCCUUGGCCGAGAGUCUUAUGUUCAUGGCGUCGUCCGACGUCGAGACAUCGCUUCGGGAUUCGACGGCAAAGACACUCGAUGCGCAAGAAGUCUUCUUGGCCAAGCACGUGGCCAAAGCGCAGCUCAAGGCCGCGGCCAUCGCGGCCAAGGCCCGGCAGCGCCGCGCCAAUGGCCGGGACCUCGCCAAGGCCGACGCCGCGAUGCAAAAGUGGAAGCACGCACAGCGCUCGCUCGACUUGCUUCAGAGCCGGCUCGCCGCUGCCAAUGUGGACGAAGCAGCACCCAAGACGUUGCCGCCGUCGCUCCACGAUAGGACGUGCUGGGCCGAGCGGCUCAAGCGCACGUUGGCCGAUGCGUCGAGCGAUGCGUGGGUCGAGAUGUUCCACGUGUGCCAGGACUUUCUGCACAUCGCGUCGCAUCUGGCGGUGCAGAUUGCGCGCGAACACUACUUGCCACCGCACGAAAAGUCGAUUUUACCCACGUCGUUGUCGGCACCGUUCCAGAUGGACGGCCGGAACGACGACAUUGUGCGCAGUAGCCAUGGCAAAGGCCACCGCUUCGAGGUCCACAACAUCCGGUUCCAAGUUGCCGUCGAUGACCACGGCCGGUACGACGGCGCGGACGAGCUCGCCAUGAAAGCGGCCGGCGCCGAAGUCCGCAACUCGGCGCUCUACCUUCCGACGUUGCUCUCGUGCCCGAACGUCUUGGCGCCGCUCGUGUGCACGGUCGACUACUGCGGCCUCCGCGUCCUCUGCGUCGCCAAACUCCCGAUCGAGCGCUACGAGGUCAACGACCGGGGCGCGAUCACUAACAUUUCGACCGAAUUUGUGUACGGCACCAACAACCGAGGACGCACUGUGACGUACCACAGCAAGAGCCUCGAUGGCGCGGUGCGCAAGGCCAAUGCGGCGCUCAACCUCACGGCCCACGGCGUUCGGGGGACCCAAGAUCUCACGGCCAAGAUGCUCUCGGGCGCUGGGGACAUGCACGGGUACCUCGGGCGCGACGAGUGGCUUUGCUUGCUGCGCUUUCGCCGAAGCAUGCCACCCGAAGAUCCCGACACCACGCGGCAUCUGCCAAGUUCGACGCGUGGGAUGAGUAUUUUAUGGCGCCAACUCCGACCCACGUUGGUGCAAGCCCAACCGUUGCCGCUCUCGAGUGACGCGCUCUCGUUUCUGACCAAUCAAACUUCCGACUGGGAGACGCACAUUGAGCGCGUCACGGCUGCGACCGCCCACCUGCUUGACGACGUCAUUCCAGCGUUCGCACGCAAGCUCGCGACGCGACCGAUGUAUGUGGACGCGCCGGGCUUUGAUUUGGUGGCCGAGCUGCAUCGGCACGGGAUUAACGUCCGCCACCUCGGCUACCUCCGCGCACAGUUCCGGUACCAGCUCGCCGGCACGGCGACCAUGACGUUCAACAGCAACGUCGUGAGAACGACGCAAGACAUGACUCGUGAGGUGCAGCGCGGGGACGUUGUCUACAUCCACGGAGACACGUACAAUAUUAGCACGUCCCGUGACGACGAAGUGUCGACAACAACGCUCACGCUGGAUCGUCCGUACCCGCACGACUCGACACAAAACGUGACGGUGGCCACGGGUUCGAUCCUCGACCCAACGCAGCAGCUUCGCGACCGCCUCCUUGUCGAGAUGCUGCAGCGUACGAUCAAAAACCUUCUGCGCUUUGCCCUGCGGCAGCUGCUCAAGUCGCGCCAGCUCGCGAUUGGGCCCAACCAUACCCAGUUGGUGCUGACGUACUUGAAUUUUCUAUCGGGCGUCGGCGACGGUGCCCACGCCUUCUGGGACACUCAUGUCUUUGACGGCGUCCGCAGCCGGUUUGGCCCCAUCGCUGUCUCGUACGUGGAGCGUCUUAACCUCCGGCGGGCACCAGUUGCGAUCGCCAAGUACCUUUGCAAAAGCCUCGGCAUGGACUUGACCGCCGACUGCUGGGCGCACUUUACAGCGUCGCCGCACGGCUUUGUUUUUACCGCCGACGACCUCGUGCUCGCUUCCACCGGUCGGAUCAAGCACAAUAUGAGUCUUUUGCACUACGCCGCCGCGUCGCUGCUUCUAGAUCGCGCGUCGCUCGUGCAAGGCACGACGUACCAAGCCGGCGUCCUCCACGAUGCACCGGUGGGGUACUGGCCGCUCGCCGAGCGUCGCGGGUCCAAAGUGGCUCGCAACCUCGGGUCGUCGAGCGACCACGGCAAGUUUGCAUCGUCCUGCGUCCUUGAGGCGAGUGGUCCCAUUGCCAACGACGACUUGUGCCGCGCCGUGAGCUUUCCGUACGCUGCCCACGCCUACAUUGCCUGCCAUCGCACGCAGCGGUGGGAGUCGACCGUGACGCUCGAGGCGUGGGCGUGUCCGACCAAGGACGGCAGCGGCAUUCGCGCGAUUCUGAGCCACGGCCGGUGCACCCUUGCCGUGCUCAAGAACCACCGCUGGGGCGCGUGGGUCAAUAUGCGCAACAUCGACGUUGUCGUUACCGGUGGCCUUGUCGCGUUCGGGGAGUGGACCCACGUGGCGUGUACGUUUGACGGCGCGACGCUGCUCCUCUACGUCGGUGGUGUCCUCCACGGCGACUUGGACGUCGUGUCCGAAGUCGAUGUGCAACUACAACGGCGGGAUGCCAAGUUUGCCGCUUUACGUGCCAACUUGGAGGCGCAAGAAGAGGUUGCCAAGACCGACUGCUUCAAGACAGUCGAGCGCGAGAGCCGGGUCUACUUUAGCACGAAAGAAGGCAAGAAAUUCAUCGCUGAGCUCGCCAAGAAGGUUCGCGACGAGGCCGAGUUCAAAGAGCGUCUGAACAAGAAGGCGUCCCAGCGCAAGCUCGAGGCCGAGGCGACACCGGUCAAGGUCAAACCCGCAACCAAGCCCGACUACGACAUGCUCGCGAAGCAGCAGCACACGACGGCCAUCUACCACGCCAAAGUCGAUGCCAUCAUGGACGCGUUCAAGAAGCUUCGAGUCGACCUCAACACCAAGAUCGACAACGAGAUUGCGGAAGAACUCUCGAAAGACUCUCGACCGUGUCGCAUCGGGUGUGUCGCCAACGCCAGUUCCAACGGCAAGUACUUUGUCGGGUCGCUCGCCCACCUCGCGUACUACACCAAGCCCCUCUCACGGGAUACCCUGUACCGCCACUACCUCGUCGGGUCGAUCGACCGCGCGACCACGUCGGACCGCCUCUUUGAGCUAUCGGCCGCGCGGUUCACUAAGGCACUGGCGUACACCCCGGAAGAGCCGUCGUUCUUAGCAGCGUACGCCAUCAACAUUUGCUCGUCGCUCAAGUACGACCUCGACCACCGCCGCAGUCAAGAGAUGUACAAGGCCAAGGUCCGCCGCGCCCUCAGCGCGUUUCGGCUACGCGAAAACUACAAAGGGUGCGCAGAGAUACUCAAGUACCUUCCCCGCGACGUGCGGUUCAGCGACCUCUUUCGAGAGGGUUACCGCUGCGUGACAGAGCUCUGCCCGAGCUACUGGACGCCCAACCCGACGGCGAGCAAGACCAUGUCGCUUCUGGAUCUGGCAUCCCUGCCCGUGCACUACUUUCUCAGUGGCAACCCGGCGCAGUCGUCGCUGCAAGGGCUUUUGCACGACGAAGUCGCCGCGUACGCAGACAUCAUUUGCCGCGUCGUGACGAUCUACGCCACGCACUAUGGCGACGGCUUGACCGACCUCAAGUGGCUCUGCGACCUCGAGACACCCAGCGUCGUUGUGUACUUUGUACUGUGGCUCCAAGCCGGCGAGGAUGGCCGGCGAUUCGACCUCUCGAGUGUCCCAACCGUGACGCCCAAGGACAUGGACGUCAUAACGAGCGCGAACCGCUCGUGUCUCGCACUCAACCUCGCCAAGUGCACCGCGCUCACGGACAAGACCAUCUGCAUGAUUGCGGUGCGCUGCAGCGGCCUCGAAGCACUGGAUGUCUCGGGUCUCUCGCACCUCUCGGACGUUAGCGUCCUCGCACUCGCCAAGAGCUGUCGCAAUCUUAAGUCGCUGCACGCCAGCGACUGCGGGCUGCUCACGGACGCAGGUAUCGAGGCGCUGGCGGCGUGCAUGGACCUCCGAGAGCUCAUUCUUACCGGCUGCGGCAAGCUCACGGACGACAGCUUGCGCGCGAUUGGGCUUGCCCACACGCGCCUGACGCGUCUCGAGCUUGGCUUUUGCAUCCAGUUGAGCGAUUUUGAGGGGUUUGCCCGUGUCUCGAACGCAUUGAAUCUCUCGACACUGGACGUCUCGGGCUGUCGGCGGCUCCAAGACGUAGGGCUCGCCGCGCUCUCCCGCAAAUUCACCAAGCUCACCUCGCUCAACCUGGCCUACUGUGACAAGAUCACCGAUGUCGGUCUCUGGGCGGUCACCCACAACUGCUUGGAGCUCACGAGCUUGAACCUGCAAGAGCUCGUGCUGCUGACGGACAAGGCGUUUACGUUUGACCACGAAGGCGACGGGCGCGCGAACGUCGCCCAGAGCCUCCUUCAGCACCUGCAAACGAUCGUACUGGCCGACUGCAAGGGGCUAAGCGACACGGGUAUCGCGUACCUGCACCACCGGGCGCGGUCCCUCGAGUCGCUCGACGUCUCGGGCUGUCUCCUGGCCACCGACCAAAUGCUCAAGUACACGACGCUGGAUAUCUUCAACGGCACCGAAGUCGGCAGCCACCUCCGUGUCCUCGACUUGAGCUUUUGCAUGCAAGUAACGUCCGACGGUCUGCGCUACAUUCGCGACCGGUGCAAGCACCUCGUCACCCUCUUCUUGACGGGCUGUGUGGGCGUCACGGAUGACGCGAUCAUUGCGCUGCUUCGCGCCUGUCCUCGCCUCAGCCGCCUCGGCUUGGGCUACUGCCGCGACGUGACCGACGCCGUCCUCUUCGCCAUCGCCGACACGCUUUGGCUGCAGGUGCUCUCGCUCACGCGGUGCGGCAAGAUCACGGACGCCGGGGUGGCAGCGGUGGCGACGCAGUGCAACGGCCUCUCUGCACUCACCGUCGCGAGCUGCAAGCGACUCACGGAUGCGUCGAUGGCGGCGCUCCUCGAGCACUGCCCCAAGCUGCUUGAGCUGGACGUUGCCUACUGCCCCCACAUCACCUCCCACGCGCUCGCACCGUUUGUGUCGACGCGGCUCGGUAUGGUCCUUCGAAGCGACUGCCCGCUCAGCGCACCGCCGGUGCUCCUACACGACGACGUACUCCAAGAACGGCUCUUUCGAGAAGCCUCCAAGAAGCUGCAGCUGCCGCCGCUCGCACUGCACACGCCACGGCGGCUACCAACGCCUCGGACCGCGCGAUCCGAGAGCGAUGCCACGCCCACGAUAUCACGCAACAACGACGACGACGACGACGACGACGCAUGACACUGGAUUUAGUCGUGUAGCUCCGAGAGGUAGUUGACGACCCGUAGUAGCCGUC